AAAGAUUCGUAAGAAAAUAAUAGAAAAUUUUGGUUCUGAGAGGCUAGAAAGUUCCGGAGACAUCGGAGGAACCCUAGAUUAAAUGAGAAGGAGAGAGUGAGGAGAGGAGAGAGAGAGAGUAAAAUCAUGGAGGAGGAGAAGAAGAAAGAGGGAUCGUAUAGGUACUGGGUGAGAGAAGCCACAGCGGACGCAGCUCCUCCUCCUCCGCCACAGAAGCUCACCAACAACGACGUCGUCGCUUCCAAUGCUCCUGCCCUCGGCUCCCUAUGGAAUCAGGCUGGCACUUGGGAGGAAAAAAAUAUCACGAAAUGGGCCACUGAUCGAUUAAAGGAGCUGCUGGUGUCAGUGGGUUCAUUGCAAUUCUCUUCUGGAAAAGCUGAGAUUAUAGAUGUUAACAGAUGUGUUGGAGAUGCUUUCUUGGUCACAGUCCGGAACAAGAAAAGAGUUGGCUAUACUUACGAGCUUUCCCUCAAAGUCCAAGGAGAGUGGUCUUUUGAAGAGGACACGAAAAAGGUGAAGGGGAGUCUCGACAUUCCUGAGUUCUCAUUCGGCGAGCUUGAUGAUCUUGAGGUGAACGUGAAGCUCAGUGAAGACAAAGAGCUUUCCCAGAAACUGAAGCAGCAAGUUGGGUUGGAUAUGAAGCAGUUCCUGGAGCCUAUACGCCUGAAACUUGGCCAGUUCGAGCAGGAACUCAAAGAUCGAUAGUGAUUGUUUCUUUCCAUUUCAUAUUAGCAAUUUUCUGUUGGCAUCGAGAACUUGGUUAAAACAUAACACUGUAUCUUACAGUUUACCUUGAAUUCAUGCUUCAUCUGUUUACCAACACUUCCACGUUUAUUGUCUAAAUUCAGUUCAUCAAUGAACUUUUAGUC